UCUUCUGAAAUGGUGUCGGCGGAGAGGGAUAUCAACGACGUGUUUGAUGAAAUACUGUUGACUGAGGAGUCUUUAACCAAGCAAGGAUACAACGAAGGCUACGAAAGAGGUUUGGCAGAAGGGAAUAUCGAGGGAUACCAACUGGGCUACGGAAAAGGAUACGAACUCGGGAAGGAAUUCGGUGACUACUAUGGAACCAUUUGCUACUUCUUGAAAACAGCGCACUCACGGCCAGCAAAGCAGCUCCUGGAGAAUUUGAAGCACUCGAUUGAGUCCUUUCCCAGGACUAACGAUCCAAAUGUGGACAUACUAUCAGAGGUGACCAAAAUUAGGACUCAGUUCAAACGGCUGAAAGCUGUUCUUCGCUUGCAUAUCGAAAGGACCGGCAGCGGAAACGAGAAGAAAAGCGAGGAUUUGUCUUUCUAGCUUCCUUGAAACAUGAAUGCGCAACUAACACGCUCG